UCAGUAGUACAUGAGCAUCCAUCCAGCAGCCACGCCGCACGUGCAGGUGGGCCGUGUGCUACGUAGAGCUAUCAUCCAGCGUCUCACAGCCAAACUCAUCCAGCCUCGACAAGGUCAAUCUGAACAACCUUCAAACACUCCCCAGUAUUCCAUCGUCCACCACCUCGCCGUGCACGUGCUGAAGCAAUGGCGACCCGACGCAUCAUCGCCACUGAGAAGACCAUCCUCGACCGGGACGACGCCGUCGAGGAGAAGUCCAACAUUAGCCCGGCCGUCCCAAACGAUGUCAUCUUCAAGCUCAUCGCCUUCACUCUCGCUAUGAUUGUGGUCCCCAUCGGGUCCUAUUUUGUCACCGUCCACACCAUCUUCAAAGGCAACUCAUCCUAUGCGGGCGGUCUGGCUGCCCUCAUGGCCAAUGUGGUACUUGUUUCCUACAUUAUCGUUGCGAUGAAGGAGGAUCAAUCUGAACAGUUGGAGAAUUCCAAGCCCGAAGGAAAAAAGGAUCAAUAGUGGCGUCGUGGCUGGUUGCAAGAUUCCAUCGUCAAUUUCACGCAAUUCACGUCAUCACAUUCGUACCGGCA